UUUUGAAUACCUAAUGUUAUUUGAUAACAAAUAGCAAGUUCAUUAUAGAUAACACUCAGCUGAUACCAAGGUCACAGGCUCUAGAUAAGUCUCCAAUCAAAAUCGAGUAAAGCUUAAUAGUGAGUUCAACUUUCUAACGAGUUGUGCACAUAGUUUGGAUACAGUGCACAAAUAGACACAUAUACAGUUAAUGAACAUAACAAAUUCUGUGGUCAUUCAUUGUGAUUUGUUACUAUUAUCACCAUGCUAGUAUCUGAUGUUGACCGAAAUGCCGUCAGUUUGACAACCUUACAAACCAAAGACAUCACGAGUUUACAGUUAAGUACGCCACAAACUGUAACUACAUUUACCACAUCAACAAGAGAAUCUGCUAUGUCUACUUCGAGUGAUAUCCUAGAAAAGCAAGAAAAUCAAAAUGCUAAUGCUCUUUCUGCUGAAGAAGCAAUAGUUAGUUUACUUGAACGUACAAAAUAUACUUACGUACAAGAGAAUGGGCAGAGACGUUAUGGACCUCCACCAAAUUGGCAAUGUGAGGCACCUCCAAGAGGUUGUGAGGUAUUUAUUGGCAAAAUUCCCAGGGACUGUUUUGAAGAUGAACUUAUUCCCGUAUUCGAACAAAUUGGACCAAUUUAUAUGUUUCGAUUAAUGAUGGAACUUAAUGGUAUAAAUCGAGGCUUUGGUUUUUGUGUAUACACUAACAGAGAAGAUACUAAACGAGCAGUUCAAGAACUUAACAAUUAUGAAAUUAGAAAAGGAAAAACAAUCGGAGUAUGCUUAAGUGUAGAUAACUGUCGUUUAUUUGUUGGAGGAAUACCGAAGAAUAAAACAAGAGAAGAAAUAUUAUCUGAAAUGAAACGAGUAACAGAUGGAGUCAAAGAUGUAAUAUCGUAUCCAAGCGUAACCGAUAAGACAAAAAAUCGUGGAUUCGCAUUCAUCGAGUACGGUAGUCAUAAAGCAGCUGCAAUGGCCAGACGAAAACUACUUCCCGGACACAUUCAUUUGUGGGGUCACCAAAUAGCUGUUGACUGGGCCGAACCAGAAAGAGAGGUUAAUGAAGACAUCAUGUCAAAAGUAAAGAUUUUAUAUGUUCGCAAUCUAAUGCUGUCAACUACAGAAGAGAGUUUACGUGAUUCGUUUAUUAAAGCUGCCGGUGGUGAUCCUAACAGUGUUGAAAGAGUAAAAAAAAUAAGUGAUUAUGCGUUUAUUCACUUCAGAGAGCGUGAACAAGCUUCACAAUGUUUGCAUACUUUAAACGAUACCUAUAUUGAUGGUUCAAAGAUAGAAGUUACAUGGGCAAAACCAGUUGACAAGAAUGAGUUAAACACUCGACAACAACCCUCUCGUACACCUGGAAGAUUAUUAAAUGAAUUAGUUUUAUCAAAUGAUCAAAACAUGAUUGCCGCAGCUACAGCUGUUGUAGCAGCUGGAGGAAUGUUACCCCAAUUGGAAUCAACAUCACCAUUUUUUUUACCAUCUCAAGGUACGCCUAUGGGAACUGAUCUUUUACCAACUAAUUCAGAUGUUUUAAACUCCGGGCGAACAGAUAAUAAUCUUGGAAGUCCUAGUGGUAUGAAGCUGAAUUCCUCAAGAACGGGCCGAAGGAAUGCGGCUGGUAGUCGAAGCGCUGGAGCCCAAAAGGAUCGUAAACAUCCUGUAGAAGCUAAACAUCAAUGGCGUUUAUGCGAUCAGUUAAAAUUACAGCAACGUCAGUUGAAUCCGUUGGCUCUUUUAGAGAAUUUAAAUGAUUUAUGUUUACGUGAUGGUCUUGGUUCUCCGAUAUGUAGUGCAAUACCAGUUGAUUUCAUUGAUUCAACUACAGGAAAUAAGUUUCAGUUGUAUGUUGGACAGGUUUAUAUUCCAAAACUGCAAUUUCGAUGCAACACAAGUCGGUAUUAUUUAACAUCUACUGAGGCUAAACUGGGUGCUUCUGAAAUAGCUAUUCAAAGUCUUCCAUUUAAUCCUUUUAACUUGAAUGAAGCAUUUGCAGCUAGUUAUGCACUGCCAAUUAAUCCUAGUGUAAUGCAUACAAAUGCAGCAUUUAUGCCAUUACCAUUAUCAAACAAUUUACCAAAUACAUCAACUCCACUGAAUUUAUUACAAUCUCAAACAAAUGUUCUACAAUUAUCUGGUACAACAAAUUUUCCUAUAAAUACUACUGGUUUAGCAAAUGUAACGGGUAAUUUAACCAAUAAUAAUAAUAAUGUUAAUCUACAAAAUGAAUGUACUGCUGGAACCAUAAUCAAUAAUGCGUUUGAUUAUUCAACACAGUUAUUUUCAAAUGGAACAUUAGGAAAUGGUGGACUUAUUAAUGCAACAUUUAACAAUCAACCUACUUAUUAUUUUGAUCCAAAUUCCAUUUCAACCGCUGCUCCAACAGCUAUGUUGGUUGGACCAAAUGGAUUAAGUACCGUCAAUAGCAAUGCUAUACCACAAAUUAUUGGACUGCAACAAUCAUUAACCAAUUGCAGUAAUGAAUUAGGACAAAACUGUUCAUCUUCUUCUACUAUUGGACAAUCGUUAAACUCUUUGUCACCACUAGCAGGUUUAUAUAAUUUUGGUUUACAAAUACCAUUAAUUUCAACAUCAGCUUUAUCACAAUCACAACCGACAACUAAUGCAACUUCACAAUCGGCAACGGUAAUGAAUUUAUUGAGUCAGUCAUAUACAAAUCCUGUUUCUGUACUCAAUGGUACUCUAUCAGUUACACAAUCAAUGAAUGAACAAAAUCCACAAAUAACUCUCUCUGGUACAAGUUGAUUUGUAAUAUUAUAUUCAUAAAUAUGAAAUUAGUAACUGGUUGAAUGAGAUUUUAAAUUUUCGUAAGUUUUCAAUGGAUAAAUAUCUAAGUGAUGCUUUUUUAUUUGAAGUGAUUUCUUGAAAUUCACGAAUUGUAUUGUUUUGAAUUAAACGGAAUAUAUAAAUCCCAAUACCAAAUAUUUUUGCAAUAUAUAUUCUUUCCAUUUAUUUUGUUAUAUAUUCCAUUCUCUUCGUAAAUGGUUUAAUCUUCUUUUGUCUACCUAUAUUUUUCCUUUAUAUUCUUCUUUUAAUUAUCCGUGUAAACUGCUUGUCUAUUUCACUUGUCAUUUAAUCUAAAGAGGGAUUAUUUCCAAACUGUUCUAAACGAUCAGCAAUCAAUAAUAUGGGUAUGAACAAACAUUUUGUGCUGAUAUUUCUUUUAUACACAAUUAGAUACAUAAGCUAAAACACUAUAAACUCUUGAGAUACCGUUGUUCUUUCAUGCAUCUUUAUUUAUGCAACAAAGGUAUUUUGUUUUACUUUUUUUGUAGUCAUUAGUAUUUAACACAGUCGUUUCACAUUACUAUUAUUAUCAGCUUGGGGACAAAAGUUGUUUUUCUAUAUGCAAAUACUUUUACCGUCUUUUUGUGUUUUACUUCCUCUAACAUAACAGUCAUUAUUACCAUUUUAAUGAAAAAAAGACAUUUUGUAAAUCAUCACCAUUACUAUUAUUAUCCAUAUAUUUGUUGUCAUUAACAAUGUUCACGUUAUUAUCGGCUAAAUCAAUAGUACAGUCUUAGGUAUGUAGGUCAAGUCUUCGCUGAAAACUGUUCAUCUUUGAUACAAUAUAUAUAUAUAUAUAUAUAUA